GUGUGUUCCUAAGUAGCGGGAGCCUCAGCCUGAGGGGCCGGUGGGACCUCUCCCAAGUUCCUUCCCCCCACGCACAGCUUGCCUCCGUGGCUCCUCCCCGCCCGUGGCCGAGAGAGGCGGGCGCCCAAAGCAGCGGCACAAGCAGCCAAAGCCCCGCUUCGGAAGGAAGGAAGGACGGAAGGAAGCGGAGGGCGGAGAGGCAUCGCCGCCGCCGGGGGCAAGCAUGGCGCUGGGCAACGGCUCCAGGGCUUCCCUCCCCGUCAAUGGCUCGCACCAAGGCUCCUCCAGGAAUGGGUCCAUGGUGGAAAGGCCAACUCCGUACACCAACGUGAUUAUGCCUAGUUUGUUCGGCAUCAUUUGUUUCCUUGGCAUAGUUGGGAACCUGGUUGUGAUAUAUACCAUUAUCAAGAAAAAGAAACUGAGGUGCAAGCAGACAGUGCCUGAUAUCUUCAUUUUCAACCUCUCCAUUGUGGACCUGCUUUUUCUGCUGGGCAUGCCCUUCCUCAUCCAUCAGCUCCUUGGCAAUGGUGCUUGGUAUUUUGGGUCUCCUUUGUGCACCAUCAUCACUGCUCUGGACACUAACAGCCAGAUCACCAGCACCAAUAUCCUGACAGUCAUGACCCUGGACCGUUACCUGGCGACUGUCUACCCCCUCAAGUCCACUUAUGUCCGGACGCCAUAUGUGGCAGCCUUGGUGAUUGGCUUGGUUUGGCUUCUCUCUUUUCUUACCAUCAUCCCCGUGUGGAUGUAUGCAGGGCUGAUGCCUCUGGAGGAUGGGACUGUCCGGUGUGCGCUUCUGCUGCCCAACCCAGAGACUGAUAUCUACUGGUUCACCAUUUACCAGUUCAUGCUAGCUUUUGCUAUCCCACUGUUCAUCAUCUGUGUGGUGUACUUUAAGAUCCUUCAGCAUAUGGCCACCACCGUAGUGCCCUUACCCCAGAGGAGUCUCCGUGUCCGCACAAAGAAGGUCACCCGGAUGGCUGUUGCCAUCUGCUCUGCCUUCUUUAUUUGCUGGGCCCCCUUCUAUAUCCUCCAGCUGGCACAUCUUGGGAUAGAGACACCUUCUGUUGCUUUCUUCUAUGCUUACAACUUUGCUAUUAGCCUAGGCUAUGCCAACAGUUGCCUCAACCCUUUCCUCUAUAUUGCCCUGAGUGAGACCUUCAAGCGUCACUUCAUGGUGGCCAUUCGUCCAGCCAAGGAGCAGUUUCGGGUCAACAAUAACAACCACAGCACAACAGAGGCCAGUAUGUGCUUGAAGCUUGCACCAGAAUCCACCCAACAGACCCAGUUUUUGGAGGACUUUUCUCCACAUGCCUUGCCUGUGGCAGUUGCUGUUCGCUAGGUGGCCUUUCUGCAGGUUUGAUAGUCUGCUGUUACAAGGCCAUGGAAUAUGUUUCUGCCCCAAACUCUCACUAUAGGAAUAUGGAAUGAAUGAUCAAAGCCAACCAAGACUCCAAGAUGGGCUAAAAUCUAUACACAUUCAGCUAUUGCUUCUUCAAAGAUAUGAUGAAAGAUGGAAAGUUUUGCUGAAUAUACAGGGAACCAGAGAGUGCAACAAAGUUUAUAAGAAACUUAAGGAUAUGCUAGCAGAUAUGCCAACGCCAUGCACACUGUCAAAACAACAAUCAGAUAAAGAGACAUAAAAAGGACAGGAAAACUUGGAAAGACAGCAUCCCGACUUUUAAUGAGCAAAGUAGAAUGUCUCUAAAACAUUCCUGCACAAAACACCAAAGCUUGUGUACAAUAUUUGCAGAUGUGUCAGGCAUAAUCAGGUACAACAAUAUAAUAAAAGUCUUUAAGGAUUAGAGAAAGAGCAUCAGUUUUCUAGAGUCAAAUACUGAAGUAUUUAUGGCAAAACUCCAAUGCUCUAUCUCUAGAACAUUUUAUGAACAUCUGGGGCUGCUACUCAAUCUGGACACCUUUAACAAGCAUUGAGCAGAAUUUGAACUACGGCGCUUUAUUUUGGGCUACAGCUCUCACAAAUCCCCAGUGUGCUUGUUACACUCCAAAAAAAGGAUUCCUUUUUACUGAUCGCUUGCAAGGAAAUAUCAGCUGUAUGUUAUAUGCUCUAAGCUUUUAUGCUCUCUUCCACAUCUUUCUCACAUACAGAGGAUUUGAGGUGACAACCUAAGUGAAAUAUCAUGGUCCACAUUUGUUGAUAAAUGUGUAUUAUAGGCCCAGUGGGGGGAAUGAUUGGAUCCACUUGACACAGGUCCCAACUGAGGAGGUAUAGCCCAGAAUGGGGCCAGACCCAAAGACUGGAUGACCCAUCUACAAUCAAUGGAGGCCGCUUCACCAAACCCAACUGCUGACUAGAGCUGGAAUAACAGAAGUGGGAUUCUGCAUGAAGAGGAGCCACUGUAUGAUUCCCCUGUAGCCGAGGAAUGAGGCAGAGCCAAUAGCUUUGAGCCUGGUUGCUUCUACCAGUUAUACUUGAAACUGGGUAUGACGGCAACCUAACUUGGUCCAGUUCCUUUGCUCUAACUGCCAAAGUUGUGCCAAUUUAACAUAUAACAUUAACUACAUGGAGCUGAUUUUGAAGACGAUACAAAGUAUUGCAGACAGACAGAUAACUGGGGCUGUUUACAAGGAUUGUACAAAUCCUCAGCUUCAACAGCUCCACAGGCUGCUUGUCUCUUUCUAGGUAAACUACUAGUUGUGGUUAUUCCUUGUAAAGCCCUGUAAGGCUUAGGACCAGCCUGUCUGACAGACUUUAUCUUCUGGUAUGAGCCUGUCCAGGCCUAAAUAUCCUUAGUAGAGCCUCUUUCAUGCUUACCAUUUUGAUGGGCACAGUGCAUAGCAGGGGCUUCUUGGUGGCUGCCCCUCGGCCCCAGAGCUUUCUUCCUAGAGAGACUAGAAUGGCCCCCUCUUGGCUAACCAUCUUUUAACAGGCAAAGAUUUUUUCUAUAUUCUGAAAAGUUUCUGGGAACUGAAAAUUUGUAAAGAAAGGGCUUUUAAUAUGGUGCUGUACUGUAUUAAUUAGGCUACAUUUUGAUUGUGUGUUUAAAAUUGUUUCUAGUAUUUUAGACUGUUUAAUUCCAUUAUAAUUGUGAUUUUUAAAAUAUGCUUUAACUAAAUUGCAUUUGCUUUAUUUUGUAAGCUGCCUUGAGUCCAGGUUUAUGACAAAGAUAAGGUAUAAAUACAGAUCAUCUUUAACCUUACCAUCAACACUACCAUCAAAGCAUAUCAUAUGACCAGACUAAAUAUAUAAUGCACACUGCACAGAAAUUGACCAAAACAACUUGAUUCGGAAAAGUCAGU